AUGUUCAAAGAAACCACAAUUAGGAAUUCGGAAGGUAAAUUUGUCGUCACCUUGCCGAAAAAACGUGGUGUUUUGCGUAACUUGGGUGAAUCUAGAGGAAGAGCGAUGAGUCGGUUCCUCAGUUUGGAAAGAAGGCUAUCUGCAAAGGCAGAAUUGAAAGCUCUGUAUGCGGAUUUUAUCCAUGAGUUUGUGUCUAUGGGACAUAUGAAAGAAGUUUCAGAUGAUGUGUCAGUUGAUAUGUGUCAGAAUUCAGUCGGAAUGAAUCCGAAUAUAGUCGGAAUGCGUCAGAAAAACGUUCAGAAUGUGUCAGAAUUAGAUCCUGUGUAUUAUCUCCCACACCAUGAAGUAUUGAAGCCGGAGAGUACAACUACAAAGCUACGCGUAGUGUUUGAUGCUUCGUGUCGCACCUCAACGGGCGUUUCGUUGAACGACGCGUUGAUGGUGGGGCCUACUGUGCAGAACGAUUUGUUGUCGAUCAUCUUGCGCUUCCGUUUGCACCGAUACGCCAUCAGUGCAGACAUCGAGAAGAUGUACAGGAUGGUACAAGUUCAGCAACCGGAUCAACACCUUCAGCGAAUUUUGUGGCGAGAUACAGCAGAUGAACCCGUGAAAACGUUUGAGUUAACGACCGUUACAUACGGAACUGCUAGUGCUCCGUAUUUGGCAACAAGAUGUCUGAAACAGCUAGCUGAAGAUGGAUCAGCAUAG